AUGAACUACGAAUUAAUGUGGAUUUACAUGGAGUUAGAGUGGAAAUCAAGUUCACUCAUGUGCCUUGAACGAGCUACAGUAGAUGAUGUGAAGCCUGAUUUACCAAUGAGACCAAUACCAAGAACAGCUGGUUUCUUGCAUUUGACUGAAAACAAUCCUGAAUCGCCUGUUUAUAUUGGUACUGAUAGAAAACGAUGCCAUAAACGGCUAAAGAAAGAGAGGAUAGACAUGGAAUAUCUGAAACAGGUUCAAGAAGAACUUCUUACUUCAAUGAAAUCGGGUAACAGGCCAACCCAUGGUACACAAGAGCUUAACGAUGUGAUGGAGAGCCUUGUACACAUGAUCCAACAUGGAAACAAUAACCAGAGAGAAGAAGAAAAAUUCUUUCACGAAAUAAGAAAUCUCAGAGAAACAAUAGAAACAUAUAUUGCACCAACAGAACCUGACCCACGUAGUAAUUGGAGAAGAUAUGACGUUGGAGGAUCGAGAAGACGACUCUAUAACGAACAAAUGAGGCAGCAUCGUAUUAAAAUUAACAUAAACCAAAUUGACGAAAUAAAGAGGGAUCUAAAGGAACGUACCACUAAAGUGACCCGACUCAAGGCAGAGUUGGAACUUGUGAGAAAGAGCAUCAGAAGCAUGGAUAGGGAACUUGAAAAGCUUAAUUCAAAGAGAAUUAAAGCCUAUAAAUGUGCUUAUAAAAGUCAAGUUAUGGUUACUAUCCACCGCGUGCUCAUGACAUAUGUUAAAGAACAUGCACAAAAAGAGAAUCACGGAGACAGGUUGAAGAAUUCUUGA